AUGGCACCAACCGUGACGAUCACCUGCCCUGCCGACCUCCAAAACCUCCUCACUGCCGGUCUACCCCUCCGCGGCCUGAAGAACAUCAUCAUUGACGCCCAAGAUGACGCUGACUCCAUGCCCGCAAAUCUCGCAGACCUAAUCACUCUGAUCACCCAAGGCCACCGAAGCCCUCCCACCGUGACAUUGUGCAACGCCCCGUGGCCGUCCCCGGCCAUCGCCUUCCCCGUCGCAUCUUUGCUCUUGGAACUCUUGAAGGGUUCUCACGCUCGUGCCACCCAUCUUCGCGUGAACCUCCCCGAUCAUUCGUACGACGGGCCACUUACACGAAGUAUGAAGAUCCGACUCAUCUCCACCGACCCCCUUGUUAACCACGACGAUGAUAUCCUCCUUGUUACCAGAUGGGUGGAGUCGGCGACUCAGAGAACCUUACCGAAUGACAAUUGGCUGGUCAAGGCGACGGCUGGUAGCAAGGAAAGGGCGGUGUUUUGGGAAACCUGCGUGGUGAAGGAGAGGUGGGAGAUCAGCUUGGGUUGGAGCGGUUAG